AUGGCUCCCAACGGCAACCCGAAGGCGAGGAACGGUGUCGGUGUCGCCCACGGAAAGUCUGCUCCCGCCAGGCGUGUCGUGCCUGCCAUUCCCCUCACCUACGAGCGUCGACUCAAGGCCAAUGCCGCCGCGAAGCACGCCGCUGCUCAAGCUCAAGCCCACGCCCAAGCCGCCCCCGUCGUGUCCCUUCCUCGGCCCGCCGCCACCAUCAACGGUUCCUCUCUGAAAAUCCAAAACGACGUCGACUCUACGCCUCCCACCCCCAAGCCUGUCGAGCUCGAAAUUGCUCCCCGCGACGACGAUACCGCCGACGACACCGCCGACGACAAAACUGCUGCUUCUGCACCUACCCCUGUCACAAACGGUGAUGAUGUAGACGGCACCGACGAUUCCCACUCGCGAGACUCCUCUUUGGCCAUACCUACCCCCUCCGAGACCGAGCAGUCCGAAUCGACCGACAAAGCCACCGAGCAAGACGCGCCCCCGCCCGUCAUGGAAUCUGCGCGAGAGAAUCAUCAGCUCCCUCCGACUUUCCGACCUCCUCCCGUUAUUCCUCCCACGCGAUACAAUAUGCCUCCCGGAUCCAACAGCGGCCCUCGUCCCGCGCCUGUCGUUAUCAAUGGCACGUCUCACAGAGGCCCUCGAUCAGUCCACAACGGCCCUCCCCACAUGCAUGUCCCGCGCCCAAGCAACGGAAGCCUUGUUCAGUUUGGCGGAUUCGGCUCUAACUCGUCUUCGCCCGCCCCUCCUCACUCUGGCGGAUUCAUGCCUCCUCCCGGCCCGCCUUCCCACGACGGACGUCAGUUCCACAACCAAGUCCCGGUCGCUACCAACGGCUAUCCCCCCCACCAGAUGCCCUACGGCACCGAAUUCGUUCCUGGCACAGCCGUCGACCAGUUUGGCAGACCGAUUCCGGCCCCUCCCGGCAUGGAGCAGUACCAUCCGUACAUGAACGGCUACGGACCUUCCACCCCUCAUAGCUUCCAAGGAUCACAUUCUUCGGCCCAGGCGGACGACCUUGGUUACAACCCUUACCCCGCGCCCGGAAUCCCCAACGGCAACGCCCCCGUCGAUGACGCUCGCUCCCACCCUCCUCCGGCCGGAGCCUUCGGCGUGCCUCCCCAGCGAAUGUUGUCUGGACCCAUGCCGCCCCCGCACUUGAUGCAUCCCGGACUCGAUGGCCAGGCACUGGAUGAUCUCUCCGCCUAUCUGAGGUCCCAGUUCCGUGAUACCUCUUUCGCUGACUGUACUCUGGAGCUUCGAUACUCGGAUGACCGCUACCCACCUGUCCGAAUUCCCGGCCACCGCCUGGUGCUCGCCAGAAGCGCGGCGAUCUCGAAGAAGCUAGAAUCUGAAGGUUACGAAUCAAGCUCGCCCGGCGCCAACCGCCUCAUUCGCCUUGAGUCGGAUGACAGAUACCUACGCUCCGAUGCUUUCUGGAUGGCUGUUCAGCACAUUUAUGCCUUCCCUCUGCUUGUGCUGCCCGACCCCAAUGCCAGCGCGAGCCUUGGCAUGGCUGGCAGUGCUGAUGAUCGUUUCGACUUUGCUCUGGGCUAUGCUGCGGCGGGUCACGUUCUGGAGUGGCACCCCAUGGUUGUCCGGGGCAUAGAUAUUGCUUCGCACACCCUCAGCUGGUCAACCAUUGAGCGUGCCAUUGGAUUUGCUCUCGGCGAUGUGCCUGGUCGGGCUUCCGCCGACCGACACACCCAGUUCAUGUACGGUGACGCCGUCCAGAUCCUGAUCAACGGUAUUAUCAGCUUCCUCGUCAACAACUUCCCGGCCGACUUCACUCUCGAUACAUCUGUUGCCGAUCCCGAGCUGUUCGCCCGUAUUCCGUUCGCUUCCGCACUGCCGGCCCGAGAGGGCACUCCGACUAUCGCACACGGAACGUCUGGCAAAGAUCGUCGAUCACGCCCCAUGCACAUUCAGUUCGGCGACCUGUCUGUGAACCAAGACGGGUCGAAAGGAUCCGAGACAGCGCCCCAGUCACCCCAACAGCGGAGCAUCCGGUCUACGUUGUCUGCGAUUCUCAUCAACCUCCCUUUUGCGUUCCUCAAGCCGACUCUCGAGUCUUCGGGCUACGGCAGCGUGAAUGGAUGGGCCAAUGUGGAGGCGCGCCACCAAGUCAUGCUUGACGUGGUCAAAGAGCGUGAGGCACGACGUGCCCGGGCUGUCGAGGCAGUCAGAGCUGGAGUGGUGCCGCACGCGGACUUGAUCUUCAACGGCCUCCAGAGCGCGGAGCCGCGGGUCAGCGAGGAGUGGAACGGCCUUGGCUGGCGCGAAGAGGUGGUGUCGUACGUCAAUGGCGACGCGCCGUCUCUCGGCCGGCAGUGGGUUCCACUGAUGGUGCAGAAUGGCGGUCACAUGGAGAGCAUGGGCCGACCGGCGUAUCCUUGA